CUUUAACGACGACCCAAGUCAAGUAAGAGAAGCCUGAUGCCCCGCCAAGGCUCAGUUGCUGUGCGCCCAGGAUGUUCAAUGGCGGAACAGAGGUUACAUCAUUGUUCGCGCAGCCGCCGGCCGCACCUCUGACCACUCACUCACCAUGGUGCCAAAACUCUCCAGCCGAGCCAGUUUGUUGAGAGAAUGCUUGAAGAAGCCGCCUCCAAAGACUUCCCAAGAGCAACACUUCAUCCCGAUUCGAUUCUUGUGCAAAAGCCGCGCCAGUUCUUUCCGCCCGCGUCCAGCGCAGCCACGGCUUGCUCUUGCAGUCCAAAGCCUCCCUCCUCUCUCUCGGCAAACGUCGGUCCGUCCACUGUGUUCAUCGAGCCCCGCGACGACUACGGCGACGACGACUUACCGGUUAGGAACAACAACAAUAUUGCCGAUUUCAACACUCCCAUCUUCUAAUUUCGCCUCAAUAACAUCCGCAACUGUUCCUACUACUCCGAGGAAACGAGCCUUCAGCACCACCCCCGGCAGCACCAACACCGAUACUACUACUACCCCACCGCUGAGGAAAGAAGAAGAAGAAAUGACUUCUUCCUCCGCCGCGGACAACAACAACAACAACAACAACAACAACAACAGCGCGGACCAGGCGUACCUCGCCUUCCUGGACAAGGCCAACGAGGACCCCGCCAAGGGCAGUAGUAGUGUCUCCGCCGCAGCGACGGGAUCGGAGAAUAUGACGCCGAAGGCGGAGGGCAGGGGGUUCAGGACGACGCAGGCCGGCGUGGAGGUGCCGGCGCCGCUGGCGAGGCUGUGUGCGCGCGACGUGUUCUACGUCAGCGAUGCGGACGAGCCGUUUGAGCCGGUUGCGAUCCGGUGGGAGGAUGAUGCGGGCCGGGGGUUGCCUGAUGAGGAGGAGUUUGCGCGGCUGAUUGAGCACUGGGAUCCGGAGAAUGCGGAGAUCGAGAUCCUUGACCCGGUGGACUGGGAUCGGCACGGGCUGUAUAAGGAGGUGAUUGAUGCGGUCAGGGAGGCCGGGCAGGGCAAUGAUGUGCGGGUGUACAGGGUGAACAGGGAGGGCGUCAAGGCGGAGUAUUGGGUUGUCACGACGGAGGGGAAGGGGAAGGGGGCGAAGCUGGUCGGGGUGAAGGCGCUGGCUGUGGAGAGUUGAUUGAGGCCGGCAUUGUAUUCACACUAUGUGGUACAGGUUGAGCGUAAAAGGGUGCUAGCUUCUCUGAUUUUUUGCCUUGGCCUGAUUCUUCUCUGGGUCUCUCGGUAUCUCGAAGGUCUUUUAAAUCUUAAUCAGUGGUUCAAAUGAUAUUGGGUGCAAAGAUGCAGCAUAGCGGUCCCCAUUCUCAUAACCUCUAUUCCGUACUUGCGGUAUGCAUGUCGUCAGCCCCACCUUUUCCGUUCCC